CAAACCCUAAUCACCACAUUUUGUACACCCAAUUUAGGUGUUCGUCGGCCUUUUCUUUUCCGAUCUCCUUUCUCAUCUAAUUAUCUCAAAUUAGCGCCGGAAUUUCGAUUCUAGAUAUCGAGCAGUCGCAAUCUCAAUCGCGGUGGUCGUUUUUCUUUUACAACACAUGUUUUUUGGGGGAAAGUGCUGCCGGAGUUGCGUAGGAGCUGAAAUUCGCCGGCGGUGUGAUUCAUGGCGUCUGCCGUGUUAGCCAGCCAGAAGGAGACGAGCUGGGGCCCCAUGGGGAAGAACCCGUACUCAAAUUUACCCCUGAAUGCAAACCCUAACCCUAACCCCAAGAAGAAGCAGAAGAAAUUCCACCACGCCUCCGCGAACGAAGUCAUCGGAGGGCGUUUCCAAGCCAACGGCAAUCACCACCACAACCUCGAAUCUCCGGCGGUGACUCAGACGGCAUCCGACGAUGCCUAUUCCUUCAACCAGACGACAACCAGCAGGAACGCAGCUAAUUACGGGGGCUACAUGACCUUCAAUUUAGCCUCGUAUACGAAGUCCGACCUCGUGGAGCUCCGCAAGCGGCUAUCGUCAGAGCUCAGUCAGAUCCGUGAUUUGCGAGAUCGGAUGGAUUCUGGCCAACUCAGCAUUGUGGAGAACCCUAGAUCCCAGGUGAAAUCGAAGAAAUUUGCCGGAAACAAGAGACCUGGCGCGGAUGUUGCAUUCUUGCCCAAAAAGUUGCCCAAUGUAUAUGACAGUGGCAGUAUAGACCCUGCUGAUUGUGAAAUGAUGUUAAAGGAAUGUGGCAAGAUUGUCACCAAAUUAUUAAAGCACAAGUUCGGGUAUGUUUUCAAGGCUCCUGUUGAUGUUGUGGCCUUUGGGCUUCAUGAUUAUCACCUGAUUGUGAAACAACCAAUGGAUCUUGGCACAGUUAAAACAAAUCUUGCCAAGAAUCGCUAUCUGAAUCCCUUGGAGUUUGCAGCUGAUGUGCGGCUGACUUUUAAUAAUGCAUUGCUUUACAACCCCAAGAGUGAUCCUGUUAAUGGGAUGGCAGAGCAGUUGUUGGCCAAAUUUGAGGAGCUGUUUAGGCCAAUACAGGAUAAAAUUGAUAGUUAUUUGGAGCAGCAGAGGGAGAUGGAGGCUUGCGAGUUUCGAGCAGUUGACGAGUUGCACUAUAGGGGAAUUGAUGAAUUGCAAGGGAGCUCAUGGAAUAACCAUACGAACCAUUUCAUGCCUUCCCCACCCAGAGAGAAGACUAAGCCUAAAGCUAGUCCUGUUCCCUUUGCAUCGAAUCCUCCUCCUAUGAUCCAGCAGCCUCCUAUGAUGCAGGAGAUGUUGCCUCCUUCUCCCAUUGGACUCUCUUCUAUGCCACCCAAUAGAGAGCUGAAAGCUGGGAGGGGUGGUACACCAAAGCUGCCGAAGCCUAAAGCUAAGGAUGAGAAUAAACGAGACAUGAGCAUGGACGAGAAGCAGAAGCUAGGUAUUGGGCUGCAGAGCUUGCCUCAAGAGAAAAUGCCACAGUUGGUGCACAUCAUAAAGAAGCGGAAUAAGCACUUGGCCCAGGAUGGGGAUGAAAUAGAGCUUGACAUCGAGGCCCUUGACAAGGAAACUCUUUGGGAGCUCGACCGUUUUGUCACCAACUGGAAGAAGAUGGUGAGCAAAUCCAAGCGGCAGGCGUUGAUGAACAACACUCAAGUAGGUGGGGCUGUUGCUCCUGCCAGUCCUGUUGCGGAUGUUGAUAUGGGUGCAAUGAGUGACAAAAAUGAUGAUGACUUGGGGAGAAAAAUGAAGGAUAAUGAUGAUGAGGACGUGGACAUUGAUGAUGAUAUGCCUGCGGCUAGCUUUCCUCCGGUUGAAAUUGAAAGGGAUGAAGGGGCUGGAGGUGUUGGUGGCGAGGAUCAUGUUCGUGUAGAUGUAGGUAGCCAGGACCAUGAGGAUGUGGGUGUGCGGGUUCAGGAUAAUGGAGGUGGCCAUGAUAAUGAUGAACGAGGCAAUGCAAGCAGCAGCUCAAGUAGUUCGGGAAGCUCGAGUAGUGAUUCGUCUUCCUCGAGCGAUUCUGAUUCAGGGAGUUCCUCUGGGAGUGACUCAGAUGCAGAUGAUGCUCAGUCUUGACGUAGUUAAGCUCCCUUGAUAUGAGAAGUACUGAGUUGGACUUGGGGCUGGGUGUUCUUGUUUAAGUGACAUAUGAGGAGUGAUUAGAUGGGCUUGGGACCCGGUGUUUCUGUUGUAUGGAAAAUAAAGCAUGUUAAUUGUUAAGAGUUAGCGCAGCAAAAACAAGCUUCCCUUGGGGGAUGAUGGUGGUUAAUGUGGAAGUUUGAUGGGACUUCUAUGUAUUCCUGUCUGUUGGCUGUUUUUGUAGGGUUUGAAUAUGGAAAGGAUUGUAGCAUGUAGAAUUGAGGACAAAAGAAGAGAUUCAGUAGAAUGUAGAUACAGAUCUGAAUGGGAUGUAUGUCUGUGUACAGUUUCACAACAGAAUUAGUUGGGGAAAUAUUUCUUAAUGAAAGAGCCUUUGAUAUGUCCAAGUGUUUCAUCCUUGCAUUUUUACUUUAUAAUUAUGUCAUGAUUUGUAAUUUGGUCAUUUGUGGACACAUUCUUCAAUAUGUCACUUGAGGGAGUCUUAUGGGAAAAAAAGGAAUUAUGCAGAUAGUAUUCAUUGAUAGGUAUUAUGUAAUAUAUACCCUUUUUGUGAAUGAGCUAUGAAAUAGUAGGUACGUAUUGGUAUUGGUUGAUUUGUUAGAUGAAACACUGUAUGAGAGCUUGUUGGCUCGAAAAUAUGAUUUUUUUUUUUUGUAAUUUUCUAUAGUUUAAAUGAUUAAGGUGAAGAUAUGAUUUUUUUUGUAAUUUUCUAUUAGUUUAAAUGAUUAAGGUUUGAAUUUGG